GAAACCGAAACUAGCUGUCCGUAGGUAUGGCGACGCCCAUUUUGCGUAGUAAUGCCGUGAUUUUCAUGAGUAAAACCAUAGCACGACAGCCCUCACGAUGCAUGUCUCACAAGCGAAUAGUCGAGAAAACGCUUCGUUACGGCGUUCCCGUAAGCAUAGUCGCGUCUGCAUCGAUGGCCACUUACCUGCUUGUAAGCAAACGGCCCCUGACUGUGCUGGCCAAAAGACCCACCAAGGAAAUGAGGGAUGCAGCGAUUCGGGAGGAUCGCGAGGAAGCCGAGCACACGAUGCACUUGACUCAGCGCGAACGACGAUUCAUUCGGUUUGCUUCGGUUGAGUACGAAGGCCAACUUUACAUGACACCCGAAGACUUUCUCGAAUCGCUGACGGAAUCGGAACCCAGACCCCGAUUGCACAGGCAUCACCUGUCUAAGAAAGAGCUCGAUCACAUGCUCGAACAAACACCAGCGAGAAAAUACGGAUCCACGAAACUUUUCAGAGAUCUCAGGGAGCGUGGAAUCAUAUCAUACACUGAAUACCUGUUCCUUCUCUCUGUAUUGACAAAACCACAGUCAGGAUUUAGAAUCGCGUUCAACAUGUUCGACACUGAUGGCAACCAAAGAGUUGACAAGCAAGAAUUUCUUGUGGUCCUGCAAAUCCUUGUAGCAGCACUUUUUUUCAAAAAGUCUGGAAAGCUUGGACUUUUUACAGAUGUUCCUCCGGAUGUUCUUGAAAAGAUAUUUAGCACUGUUGCACGCCGGGGAAAGAGGCUCACAGGAAAUGCAGAUGUGCCUGAGCUGGAGGACGGUGAAAGCAAGAAUUACGACAUUGUAGACACAACAUUGCUUGUGCACUUGUUUGGAAAGAAAGGCUCAGACACGCUUAAAUAUGAUGACUUUCACAGGUUUAUGGACAACCUUCAAACUGAAGUGCUGGAGCUUGAGUUCACAGAAUUCUCGCGAGGGAUGCCCUCCAUCUCAGAGGUGGACUUUGCACGCAUCCUGCUUCGCUACACAUACAUCCACAGUGCCAACUAUGAGGCCUACAUUGACAGGGUUAAAGACCGUAUACCCGAGGAGAAGGGCAUCACCUUUGAUCAAUUCAAAGCCUUUUGCCAGUUCUUGAACAACUUGGAUGACUUUUCUAUUGCCAUGAGAAUGUUUACAUAUGCAAACAAGCCAAUAUCACAAGAGGAAUUUCAUAGGGCAGUCAAGAUCUGCACUGGCCAUAGUCUAGAUCCACACCUCGUGGACACGGUGUUCCAGAUAUUCGAUGCCGAUGGUGAUGGAUUUCUUUCCUACAAGGAGUUCAUUGCCAUUAUGAGAGACCGCCUACAUCGUGGCUUGCGGUCUCACCUGAUAUCUACGGAAGGAUGGGAUGCAUUCAAGCUUUGCAUUAAAGAAGAAAUUCGGAGCCCUUGAAGAGGUGUUCUGUUACAUUGUUAAUUAAUGUGUGGAUAUUUAUGUGUAUGUUACAUAUUUAUUAAUUUCAGCUUACCUGCUACUUUGUUGCCUUAAACAUAAUCAAAUGGUGCUACCAAUAAAAGCAUUGCUGUGACUCA